AUGGUCCUCAAGUUGUCCUUUGCUUGUUGGGACUAUGACCGUAUGAAAGCCAUUGAAGAUGGCAGGGUGCGCGCCGAUGGUAUUGAGAUCACAUUCCUCAACUAUCGGGUGGAAGAAACCUUCUUUCGCCAGCUCCGCUUCCAGGAGUUUGAUCUAUCCGAGUUGUCGCUGUCCUCAUACGUUCUCACCUUGAACCAAGAGCGUCCUCCCUUUAUUGCGCUGCCUGUAUUCCCUUCUCGCUUCUUCCGCCAUCAAUCAAUGUACAUCAAUAGUAACGCGGGAAUUUCCAAGCCAGAGGACCUCCGAGGCAAGCGUAUCGGAAUCCCGGAGUACCAAAUGACGGCCGCUGUCUGGCAACGUGGGCUCUUGUCGGAAGAGUUCCAUGUCCCAUUGUCAAGCGUACAUUUCUUCACCGGAGCGAUCGAGCACUCUGAAAAGCUACGUGUCAGCAAGGUCCCCCACGACAUACCGGCCGAUAUCAAGAUAACGUCGAUAUCUCUGGGGAAGAACUUAUCUCAAAUGCUCGCGGAUGGCGAGAUCGAUGCCAUCUUCAGCGCCACCAAACCCUCGUCGUUCGGCACUUCAGCAAACGUCACCCGUCUCUUCCCCGACUUCAAACGUGUCGAGGCCGAAUACUACGCCCGCACAGGAAUUUUCCCAAUCAUGCAUGUCGUGGCUUUGAGACGUAGCGUGUACGAGGCAAACCCGUGGAUCGCGAAGAAUCUGACAAAGGCCUUUGCAAAGGCAUUGGACAUGGCGUAUGAGCCGCUGAAGGAGCGAGCCGCUCUGCGAUAUAUGUUGCCCUGGCUGGAGGAUCAUGUUGAUGAAACCAGAAGCCUGAUGGGUGGCAAUGAGAAGUGGUGGCAGGACGGAUUCGAAGCAAACAAACACGUUCUAGAGAAGUUCUUAGAGUACUCUUUUGACCAAGGUCUGGCGGCGAGGAGAUACAAGGCAGAGGAACUUUUUGCGCCAAGUACGUUAGAAGAUUUCGUGGUGUAG